AUGUUCAGAACUGGAAGGCGACAGCUUUGGAAGCAAAGUGUUACAAGAGUUUUAAAGCAAAAACUGAAAGAGGAGAAAGAAGCUAAGCGAGCUCAUCUGGAUGGUAGAUAUGACUACAUCCUGUCAAUUGUUUCUGCUUGUGUGAACCUAGAGAAAAAUGAAGUGGAAGAUGCUGUCCUUGAAGGAAAUCAGAUUGAGCGUAUUGAUCAAUUCUUCACUGCUGGAGGUUUUCGUCAUGUCAUGUUUUAUUAUCAAGACAUGGAGGGACCAGAAAUAGGACAUGAAAGUUCAACUGGAACUAACUCUGCUUCUGCUAAAGGCAAAAAGACCAAAUUAUUUGUAACAGAGGGAGAUGAUGUCGCUUUAACUGGUAUAUGUGUGUUUUUCAUUAGAACUAACCCUUCUAAAGCAAUUAAUGCAGAGAAUAUCCAUCGUGAAGUAGUUUUCAAUAUGAUGGACACAGCAAAUGGUGGUUUGCUAAACAGUGUUCAGCAUUUGCUAUCCGAUAUCUUCAUCCCAGCUUUGAAUACUAUGAACUAUGGUUGGGGAGAGAUGAGCAGUUCCCAGAAAGGGGCUAAUAUCAAGCAGGACUUCAUUGCAUCCCUAGAGGGAUUUGUUAGUGUCCUUUCAGGAGCUCAACAGAGCCUGAUGGAGAAGGUGCUCCUGAAGAAGUGUGAAACCUAUGACCUGAAAAUGCUAAAAGGACCAGCUGAUUUUCUGGUGGCAGCAAACAGCAUGGAGACUGUGGAACGAAUAGAAGCUUGCAUGAAAGUGUGGAUUAAGCAAAUUGAACAGGUUAUUGCUGAAAAUAACCAGCUACGGAAAGAAGCAGAUGACCUUGGACCACGAGCUGAGCUGGACCACUGGAAGAAGAGGCUAUCCAAAUUUAACUACUUAUUGGAUCAGCUCAAAACUUCAGAUGUAAAGGCUGUACUUGGUGUGCUUACAGUUGCUAAAUCAAAACUUUUGAAGAAUUGGCGAGAACUGGAUACCCGGAUCACUGAUGCAACAAAUGAAGCCAAAGACAAUGUGAAAUACCUGUAUACCCUUGAAAAAUGCUGCGACCCUCUGUAUAACUGUGAUCCUGUGAUCAUGGUAGAUGCUAUUCCAGGACUCAUUAAUGCUAUCAAAAUGAUCUACAGCAUCUCACGCUAUUAUAACACUUCAGAGAAGAUAACUUCCCUCUUUGUAAAGGUUACAAAUCAAAUGAUAACAGCCUGCAAAGCUUAUAUUACUAAUAACAACACUGCCACCAUCUGGGAUCAACCGCAAGAUGUAGUUUUGGAAAAAAUACAAGCUGCUAUAAGACUUAAGCAGGAGUACCAAGACUGUUUUCACAAGACCAAACAGAAAUUGGAAGAGAAUCCAGCUGAACGGCAGUUUGAUUUUAGUGAAAUGUAUAUAUUUGGAAAAUUUGAAACUUUCCAUCGCCGCCUACUUAAAAUCAUGCACAUCUUUGACACUAUCACAACUUACUCAGUCUUACAAGACUCAAAGAUGGAAGGAUUAGAAGUAAUGGCAACUAAGUAUCAGAGUAUUGUUGCCACUAUAAAGAAAAAACAGUACAAUUUUGUAGAUCAGAGGAAAACUGAUUUUGACCAGGACUGUGAAGAAUUUUGCAAGCAAACAAAUGAACUACAUCACCAAUUACAGAUGUUUAUGGAUACUACCUUUGAAAAGAUUUUGAACACUGAAAGAGCCCUUGAUACGCUGAAGAAAUUUGAAAGGCUUGGAAUCCCUAAUCUUGGCAUUGCUAAUAAAUAUCAGAUCAUCCUUCAAAACUAUGAUCGUGACAUUGAGAUGGUCUCCAAGUUGUACUCAAAACACAAGAAUGAUCCUCCUCUGGCUCGUAAUCUUCCUCCCAUGGCCGGUAAGAUCUUGUGGGCACGACAGCUGUUUCACCGAAUCCAGGAACCCAUGAAUCUAUUCCAAAAACAUUCCAUGGUUCUGCAGACAGAAGAAGCAAAGCCUAUAAUUCGCAACUACAACAGAGUGGCUAAAGUCCUUCUUGAGUUUGAAAUCGUCUACCACAGAGGAUGGCUUCAACAGGUUCAGCUAAUUAAAUCGGGACUUCAGGCAUCAUUAUUGGUGAAAGCUCCAGAGACUGGAGAAAUAUUUGUGAAUUUUGAUCCUGAGAUUCUCACCUUAAUCAGGGAAGCUAAGUGCAUGGCUCGCAUGGGGCUAGAAAUCCCACCACUGGCCAUUGCUAUUCAAGACAAACAGGAUGCCUACAAACAAAAUUUCAAUAAACUACAGGUGAUGCUGGCAGAAUAUAAGAGAGUAAAAUCAAAAAUCCAAGUCCCACUUCAUGCUCUAAUGGCUCCUCAUGUGGCUAAAGUGGAUGAGUCGGUCCAACCAGGAAUAACCACACUGACCUGGACAUCCCUGAAUAUUGAAACCUAUUUAGAUAAUAUUUUCAGUAAACUUGAUAACCUUGAGCUGCUACUUGAUCGAGUAAAUGACUUAAUAGAAUUUCGUAUUAAUACUAUUCUUCAAGAAAUUAGUACUGUGCCCCUCUGCAGCCUUUCUGAAGACGAUCCACUCACCUGUGAGCAAUUCCUUAACAUGACAAAGGAGCUCUGUACUAAAGGAGUAUACACACUGCAUCUUAAAAGCUCAUUAGCAGAAGAAGCAACAAAUGAGCUUAUUAACAUGUUGCUAGAUCUGGAUGCACAGAAUAAGGGAGAUGCUGGUGAGAGUUUUCUGAGUGGGAGCAGAACUGAAGGAAUUAAUGAAGAAGAAGAAGGGCCAUUGGACGUCUUAGCAUCCUCACAAACUGCUAGUCAGAUUUCAGUAGGAUUGUCUUCUCCUUUAACCAAGAAAAAAAAGAAAGAAAUGGAGAUGCUUGAAGAAGAAGCUCAGGAACUGCUUUCCCAUUUCAGUCAUCGCAAUGUUGAUGCUCUUCUGAAAGUUAUUCGUAACACUCUGGAGGCCAUACGCAAGCAAAUUCACACCUCUUCUGUGAUCAGUUUUUUAGAUAGUGAGAAUAUCUCAAAGCAGAAACAAAAUGCUGCGCCCAUCUUUAAAGCUAGUGUUAUCCUUUCCAUUCCAAAUUUUGCUAUAAUGCCAACCCUUGAAGAAAUUCAGCAAACACUCAACAAAGCUGUGGAUUGUAUUGUAAGCACAAUGAAAGGAGUUGGUCAGUGGAGUAAGGAGAGACUAUCAAAGAAAAAGUUGUUAGAACGCAAAAUGCUUGCUUUACAAAAUGAGGGAGGCAGUGAUUCUGAGACUGAAAUGAAAGAGACUGAAGUUGGAAACCAGGAUGCAGCUUCUGAUACAGCCUCUAUGAUCUUGCCCUCUCCUAUCCAGAAAAAGAACUACAACAAAGCCAUUUCAGAGAACAAGGAAAUAAUUAAAUUGGUGUCUGUGCUUAGCACAAGUAUCAGUUCUACCAAACGGGAAGUUGUUUCAGCUUUGGAACGUUUCAAAUGUUACCAUCACAUCUGGCAGAGAGAGAAAGAAGAAACCAUUGAAAAUUUCAUCAAAGGAAGCCCUUUGCUGUCUGAUUUUGAAUCCCAAAUCCUUUAUUACCGAGACUUAGAAUUAAAAAUUAAUUCAGAAUCUGAAUACAUAUGCGUGGGAACUGUUGCACUCUAUACUGCGGAUUUAAAGUUGGCCCUUACAACUGAAACCAAAGCUUGGAUGACUGCAUUUGGACGUCACUGUAAUAAGAAAUACAGGACAGAGAUGGAAAACAUCUUCACCUUUGUAGAGGAAAUCAGCAAGAGACUAAACCGCCAGAUUAGAGACCUGGAUGACAUAAGAAUAGCCAUGGCUGCCCUGAAAGAGAUCCGAGAGCAACAAAUCUCCAUAGACUUCCAAGUGGGACCAACUGAGGAAUCUUAUGCAAUGUUAAACAAGUAUGAGUUACUGGUGGCAAAGGAGCAGAUGGAAAAAGUAGACACUCUGCGGUAUACCUGGGAGAAAUUGUUGGUCCGAGGAAAUGAAGUGCAGAAUGAAUUAGUGGCUUUGCAGCCCAAAUUCAGAGGGGAACUAAUCAGCACAGUGGAAGUGUUUGUUGAAGACUGUGAUCAAUAUUACUUGGAUUAUGACAAGAAUGGUCCCAUGGUAGAUGGACUUGAACCUCAAGAAGCUAGUGACAGGCUUAUAAUUUUCCAGGUUGGCUUGCUGGGUAUUCAAAUGAUCUGGACACGAGAAGCGGAAGAAGCUUUGACCAAUGCAAAAUAUGACAAAAAAGUGAUGCAGAAAACGAAUCAAUUUUUCUUAGAACUCUUGAAUACCUUGAUAGACAUGACUACCAAAGAUCUGAAUUCUGUGGAACGCAUUAAAUAUGAGACACUGAUCACAAUUCAUGUGCACCAAAGGGACAUAUUUGAUGAUCUGUGCCGCAUGCAUAUCAAGAGCCCUACAGAUUUUGAGUGGCUGAAGCAAUGCAGAUUUUAUUUCAAAGAUGAUGCAGAUAAAAUGAUGGUGAAUAUCACAGAUGUGGCCUUCAUAUAUCAAAACGAAUUUCUGGGCUGUACAGACCGUCUUGUCAUCACACCUCUCACAGACAGGUGUUACAUUACUUUGGCUCAAGCAUUAGGUAUGAGCAUGGGAGGAGCACCAGCAGGACCUGCAGGGACUGGCAAAACAGAAACAACAAAAGAUAUGGGAAGAUGCCUUGGAAAAUACGUUGUGGUUUUCAAUUGUUCUGACCAGAUGGAUUUUCGAGGUCUGGGAAGAAUCUUCAAAGGUCUUGCUCAGUCUGGAUCCUGGGGCUGCUUUGAUGAAUUUAACCGCAUUGAUUUACCAGUGCUGUCUGUUGCUGCCCAGCAAAUUGCAGUUGUUUUGACCUGUAAGAAAGAGCGCAAGAAGAACUUCAUUUUCACUGAUGGUGAUAAUGUAGAAAUGAAUCCUGAAUUUGGCCUUUUUUUGACAAUGAACCCUGGGUAUGCUGGUCGUCAAGAGUUACCUGAAAACCUGAAAAUCAAUUUCCGCUCAGUGGCAAUGAUGGUUCCUGAUCGCCAGAUCAUCAUCCGUGUCAAAUUGGCUAGUUGUGGCUUCAUUGAUAACAUUGUGCUUGCAAGGAAGUUCUUCACUCUGUAUAAACUCUGUGAAGAACAAUUGUCUAAGCAGGUACAUUAUGACUUUGGUCUCAGAAAUAUAUUGUCAGUACUACGGACCUUGGGUGCAGCCAAAAGAUCGAACCCCAGUGACACUGAAACCACUAUUGUAAUGCGUGUCUUGAGAGAUAUGAAUCUUUCUAAAUUGAUAGAUGAAGAUGAACCCUUAUUUUUGAGUUUGAUAGAAGAUCUUUUCCCAAGUAUACAACUUGACAAGGCAGGUUAUCCAGAGCUAGAAGCUGCAAUCAGCAAACAGGUUGAAGAGGCUGGCUUAAUUAAUCACCCACCUUGGAGACUGAAAAUUAUCCAGCUUUUUGAAACUCAGCGAGUAAGACAUGGCAUGAUGGCUCUAGGUCCCAGUGGAGCAGGAAAAACAACAUGCAUCCACACACUGAUGAAAUCCAUGACAGAUUGUGGCCAACCCCACCGUGAAAUGAGAAUGAAUCCAAAGGCCAUCACUGCACCUCAGAUGUUUGGACGCCUUGAUGUUGCAACCAAUGACUGGACAGAUGGGAUAUUCUCCACUCUAUGGAGGAAAACUUUGAGAGUCAAGAAGGGAGAACACAUCUGGAUAGUACUUGAUGGUCCUGUGGAUGCCAUUUGGAUUGAAAAUCUGAACUCAGUGCUUGAUGAUAACAAAACAUUGACCCUGGCUAAUGGAGAUCGGAUUCCUAUGGCACCAAAUUGUAAAAUUGUUUUUGAGCCUCAUAAUAUUGACAAUGCUUCUCCUGCAACAGUGUCAAGGAAUGGCAUGGUAUUUAUGAGUUCAUCUGUUCUCAACUGGAGCCCAGUUCUUGAGGGUUUUCUAAAGAGACGUACUCUACAGGAAGCAGAGAUUUUGCGUCAAUUGUACACAACGUCCUUUCCAGACCUUUACCGGUUUAGUAUUCAGUCCUUGGAAUACAAGAUUGAGAUGCUAGAAGCCUUUGUGAUAAUGCAGAGCAUUAAUAUGCUUCAGGGCCUUAUUCCCUGCAAGGACCAAGGUGUGGAAAUUACUGCAGAAUACCUAGAAAGAUUGUACAUCUUCUCCCUGAUGUGGAGCAUUGGGGCAUUGCUGGAAUUGGAAGACCGUUGGAAGUUGGAGCACUGGCUUCGUAGUCAUGAAACUAUAAACCUUGAUCUUCCUAAUAUCCCAGAAGGAAGUGAAGACACAAUGUUCGACUACUAUGUUACCAACGAUGGUAAUUGGAUGCAUUGGAAUACAUGUGUUGAAGAAUAUGUAUAUCCUACUAACAGUACACCAGAAUAUGGCUCUAUUUUGGUUCCAAAUGUUGACAACGUGAGAACUGAUUUCCUUAUUCAUACAAUUGCAAAACAAGGCAAGGCUGUUCUGCUAAUUGGCGAACAAGGGACUGCUAAGACUGUCAUCAUCAAAGGAUACAUGUCAAAAUAUAAUCCUGAAAAUCACAUGGCUAAGAGCCUUAACUUUUCAUCAGCAACCACUCCUUUGAUGUUUCAGCGCACAAUAGAAAGCUAUGUGGACAAGCGCAUGGGCACAACAUAUGGUCCUCCUGCAGGAAAGAAAAUGACGGUUUUCAUAGAUGAUGUGAAUAUGCCUGUAAUCAAUGAAUGGGGAGAUCAGGUCACUAAUGAGAUUGUUAGGCAACUGAUGGAGCAAAAUGGGUUUUAUAAUUUGGAGAAGCCUGGAGAGUUCACCAACAUUGUGGAUAUCCAAUUUUUGGCUGCCAUGAUACACCCUGGUGGUGGACGAAAUGACAUUCCUCAGAGACUGAAGAGGCAGUUUUCUGUGUUUAAUUGCACCUUGCCUUCUAACCCAUCCAUUGACAAGAUUUUUGGUGUGAUUGGCACAGGGCAUUAUUGUAGCCAAAGAGGCUUUUUGGAAGAAGUGAGAGCAACAGUUGCUAAGCUAGUCCCAUUGACCCGGCGGUUGUGGCAAAUGACCAAGAUCAAAAUGCUGCCAACUCCAGCCAAAUUCCAUUAUGUGUUCAACCUCCGGGACCUUUCCAGGAUCUGGCAAGGAAUGCUUAAUACUAUUUCAGAAGUAAUCAAUGAUUCCAAUGUGCUCAUUAAGCUAUGGAAGCAUGAAUGUAAGCGUGUUAUCGCUGAUCGUUUUACAACUCCCGAGGACGUGGAGUGGUUUGAUCUGGCACUGGCAAAGCUAAUUGAAGGAGAACUUGGUAGCGAUAAGGCAGCACUAGUGGCAUUCAAUAAGGAAGCUUUCUUUGUUGAUUUCUUAAGAGAUGCACCUGAAGCAACAGGUCUGAAGGAAAAGUCUCUCCAAGGAGAAGAACCAGAGGAAGCAGAGGUUGACAUGCCUAAAAUAUAUGAACCCAUUGAAUCUUUUGGCACCCUGAAGGACCGUUUGAACAUGUUUUUGCAAAUAUAUAAUGAGAGUAUCCGUGGGGCAGGAAUGGAUUUGGUGUUUUUUACCGAUGCUAUGAUUCACUUAAUUAAGAUCUCUCGUGUGAUCCGCACUCCCCGAGGAAAUGCCCUACUUGUUGGAGUUGGAGGGUCUGGAAAGCAAAUCUUGACAAAACUGGCAUCAUUCAUUGCAGGCUAUGAUAUGUUCCAGAUCACAUUAACAAGAUCCUACAAUGCAUCUAAUUUGAUGGAAGACUUGAAACAUCUGUAUAAGACUGCUGGACAGCAAGGAAAAGGAAUCAGUUUCAUUUUUACAGAUAAUGAAAUAAAAGAUGAAGCUUUCCUGGAGUAUAUGAACAAUGUUCUAUCAUCAGGAGAAGUUUCCAACUUGUUUGCUCGUGAUGAAAUGGAUGAAAUCAUUGGCGAUCUCAUUCCAGUUAUGAAGAGGGAGCAUCCACGACGUCCUCCCACCAAUGAGAAUGUAUAUGAUUACUUCAUGACUAGAGUUCGCCAGAACCUGCAUGUGGUUCUUUGUUUUUCACCAGUGGGUGAAAAAUUCCGAAACAGAGCUUUGAAGUUCCCUGCACUCAUUUCUGGUUGCACUAUAGACUGGUUUAGCCGCUGGCCGAAAGAUGCCCUAGUUGCAGUAUCAGAACAUUUCUUGUCAUCAUAUGAAAUUGAUUGCACUGAAGAUAUCAAAAAACAGAUGGUGCAGUGCAUGGGCUCCUUCCAAGAUGGAGUUGCUGAAAAAUGUGUUGACUAUUUUCAAAGAUAUCGUCGAUCUACCCAUGUGACUCCCAAGUCUUAUUUGUCCUUUAUUCAAGGAUAUAAAGCUAUAUACAAAGAAAAACAUGCUGAGGUGCAGACCUUAGCUCACAGAAUGAAUACUGGAUUGGAGAAACUGAAAGAGGCUUCUGAAUCUGUGGCAGCAUUGAGUAAAGAGCUGGAAGCCAAAGAGAAAGAACUUAAGAUUGCCAAUGAAAAAGCUGAUAUGGUGUUAAAAGAAGUCACAGUGAAAGCUCAGGCUUCUGAAAAGGUGAAAGCCGAAGUUCAGAAAGUGAAGGACAAAGCGGAGGCUAUUGUAGACAGCAUUUCAGCAGACAAGGCUAUUGCUGAGGAAAAAUUAGAGGCUGCUAAACCUGCUUUAGAAGAAGCCGAAGCUGCUUUACAGACAAUCAAGCCGUCAGACAUUGCCACUGUCCGUACGCUGGGUCGGCCACCUCACCUUAUCAUGCGUAUCAUGGACUGUGUGUUGCUGCUAUUCCAGAAGAAAGUAAAUGUUACUAAGUUAGACCUGGAGAAAAACUGCAUUAUGCCAUCAUGGCAGGAGUCCUUGAAACUGAUGACAGCAGGAAACUUCUUACAGAAUUUGCAGCAAUUUCCAAAAGACACAAUUAAUGAAGAAGCAGUGGAGCUCUUGAGUCCUUAUUUUGAAAUGGCAGAUUACAAUAUUGAGACAGCUAAGAGAGUUUGUGGAAAUGUGGCUGGUCUUUGCUCAUGGACCAAAGCAAUGGCUUCUUUCUUUGCUAUAAAUAAGGAAGUUCUACCUUUAAAGGCAAAUCUGGCCAUCCAGGAGAAUCGUCUGACUACUGCCAUGUUAGAUCUUCAGAAAGCCCAAGCUGAACUGGAUGCCAAGCAAGCUGAACUGGAUAUUGUGCAGGCUCAAUAUGAAAAGGCCACAUUGGAGAAACAGACAUUGCUUGAAGAUGCAGAACGCUGCAGGCAUAAAAUGCAGACUGCUUCCAGUCUUAUUAGUGGUUUGGCUGGUGAAAAAGAGAGAUGGACUGAACAAAGUAAAGAAUUUGCAGCCCAAACAAAAAGGCUUGUGGGGGAUGUACUUCUGGCCACAGCCUUUCUGUCCUAUUCUGGUCCUUUCAAUCAAGAGUUCCGUAAUCAUUUGUUAACCAGCUGGCAAAAAGAAAUGAAAACUCGGAAAAUCCCAUUUGGAAACAAUCUCAAUCUCACAGAGAUGCUGAUUGAUGCGCCAACUGUCAGUGAAUGGAACCUUCAAGGGCUGCCAAAUGAUGAUCUAUCAAUUCAGAAUGGCAUCAUUGUCACAAAGGCAGCUCGUUACCCUCUCCUGAUUGAUCCACAAACUCAGGGCAAGAUUUGGAUUAAGAACAAAGAAACCCGGAAUGAGCUGCAGAUCACUUCUCUGAAUCACAAGUAUUUUAGAAACCACUUGGAGGAUAGUCUCUCUCUUGGAAGGCCAUUGUUGAUCGAAGAUGUUGGUGAGGAGUUGGAUCCGGCUUUGGAUCGUGUAUUGGAAAAAAACUUCAUCAAAACAGGUUCCACAUACAAAGUAAAAGUUGGGGAUAAAGAAAUAGAUGUGAUGAGUGGCUUCAGACUUUAUAUCACCACCAAGCUUCCAAAUCCAGCCUAUACCCCUGAGAUUAGUGCUCGUACAUCCAUCAUUGAUUUUACUGUCACCAUGAAAGGCCUAGAAGAUCAGCUUCUAGGGAGAGUCAUUCUAACAGAAAAGCAGGAGUUAGAGAAAGAGCGAACUGAUCUUAUAGAAGAUGUGACAGCUAACAAAAGGAAGAUGAAAGAACUGGAAGAUAACUUGCUGUAUCGACUGACAAGCACACAAGGCUCUCUGGUGGAAGAUGAGAGUCUCAUCGUUGUACUUAGUAACACAAAAAGAACAGCAGAAGAGGUGACCCAGAAACUGCAAACAUCAGUUGAGACUGAAGUACAGAUUAACUCAGCUCGGGAGGAAUACAGGCCAGUUGCUACCAGAGGCAGCAUUCUCUAUUUUCUGAUAACGGAGAUGAGUAUGGUAAAUGUCAUGUAUCAAACUUCACUUCGGCAGUUUUUGGGCCUGUUUGAUCUUUCGCUUGCAAGGUCUGUCAAGAGCCCAAUUACAAGCAAAAGGAUAGCAAAUAUCAUUGAGCAUAUGACCUAUGAAGUGUAUAAAUAUGCCGCACGAGGGCUUUAUGAGGAGCACAAGUUUCUGUUCACGUUGCUGCUUACCUUGAAGAUUGAUUUGCAGUGGGGCAAAGUCAAACAUGAGGAGUUCCUAACUCUGAUUAAAGGUGGUGCUUCUUUGGAUCUAAAAGCUUGUCCUCCUAAACCAGCUAGAUGGAUUCUGGAUAUGACUUGGUUGAAUUUGGUGGAGCUCAGUAAACUGAGGCAAUUUUCAGAUGUUCUUGACCAAAUCUCACGGACAGAAAAACAGUGGAAAAUUUGGUUUGAUAAGGAAAAACCAGAAGAAGAACUUGUUCCCAGUGGCUAUGAUCAAGCUCUGGACUGCUUCAGACGUCUUCUUCUUAUUAGGUCUUGGUGCCCUGAUAGAACUAUUGCUCAGGCUAGGAAGUACAUUAUGGAUACCAUGGGAGAAAAAUAUGCGGAAGGGGUCAUUUUAGAUUUGGAGAAGACUUGGGAAGAAUCUGAUCCACGCACACCUCUCAUCUGCUUCCUGUCAAUGGGCUCUGAUCCUACUGAUUCAAUCAUUGCUUUGGGGAAAAGGUUGAAAAUUGAGACACGCUGCGUUUCCAUGGGUCAGGGACAAGAAGUCCAUGCACGUAAACUCCUGCAACAAACAAUGGCUCAUGGUGGAUGGGCCCUCUUGCAGAACUGCCACUUGGGUCUUGACUUUAUGGAUGAGCUGAUGGACACUAUUGUGGAAACAGAGAUAAUUCAUGAGGCCUUUCGCUUGUGGGUGACUACAGAGGUCCACAAACACUUUCCUAUUACCCUUCUACAGAUGUCUAUAAAAUUCACUAAUGAACCUCCCCAGGGACUAAAAGCUGGCCUAAAGAGAACGUACGGAGGUGUGAAUCAAGAUCUCUUGGACAUCAGCAAUAUGGUGCAAUGGAAGCCAAUCUUAUAUGCUGUUGCUUUCCUCCACUCCACUGUUCAAGAGAGAAGGAAAUUUGGACCUCUAGGAUGGAAUAUUCCUUAUGAAUUCAACCAAGCUGAUUUCAAUGCCACAGUACAGUUUGUUCAGAACCAUUUGGAUGACAUGGACAUCAAAAAGGGUGUGUCCUGGAAUACUGUUCGUUAUAUGAUUGGGGAAAUUCAGUAUGGUGGAAGGGUGACAGAUGACUAUGACAAAAGGCUCCUUAACACAUUUGCUAAAGUGUGGUUCAGUGAAAGCAUGUUCAGCCAAGACUUUUCAUUUUACAAAGGAUACAAUAUACCCAAGUGUACUACAGUGGAUCAGUACCUGCACUACAUACAGGGCUUGCCUGCUUAUGAUACUCCAGAAGUCUUUGGGCUGCAUCCCAAUGCUGAUAUUACUUACCAGAGCAAACUGGCAAAAGAUGUGCUAGACACCAUCCUCAGCAUUCAGCCCAAAGAUAGCUCUAGUGGAAGUGGUGAAACCCGAGAAGCUGUAGUGGCCAGGCUUGCUGAUGAUAUGUUGGAGAAACUACCUGCAGAUUAUGUGCCUUUUGAAGUAAAGGAAAGACUUCAGCAAAUGGGACCAUUUCAGCCAAUGAACAUCUUUCUGCGACAGGAAAUUGACAGAAUGCAAAGGAUUAUCGCUCUGGUGCGAAACACUUUGACAGAUCUUAAACUGGCCAUUGAUGGAACCAUAAUCAUGAAUGAGAAUCUCAGGGAUGCUCUGGAUUGUAUGUAUGAUGCACGAAUCCCAGAGCGCUGGAGAAAGGCAUCUUGGGCUUCCAGCACACUUGGUUUUUGGUUUACUGAACUUCUUGAAAGAAACCGGCAAUUUCAUUCUUGGAUUUUUGAGAAACGACCAAAUUGCUUUUGGAUGACAGGAUUCUUCAAUCCCCAGGGCUUUUUAACUGCAAUGAGACAGGAAAUAACAAGAGCAAACAAGGGUUGGGCACUUGACAGUGUGGUUCUGUGCAGUGAGGUCACAAAGUGGAUGAAUGAUGACAUCUCAACUCCUCCUUCUGAAGGAGUCUAUGUAUAUGGCCUCUACCUAGAAGGAGCUGGAUGGGACAAAAGGAACAUGAAACUCAUUGAAUCUAAACCUAAAGUGCUCUUUGAACCAAUGCCUGUAAUAAGGAUAUAUGCAGAAAACAACACCUCAAAAGAUUCACGCCUGUAUUCAUGUCCAAUCUACAAAAAACCACUUCGGACAGAUUUGAAUUACAUUGCUGCAGUGGACCUACGGACUACCCAACCACCUGAACAUUGGAUAUUACGUGGCGUUGCCUUAUUAUGUGAUGUCAAGUAA